UUUGGUUUUGGUUAUAAUUCGCCACCGCCAUCAUCACGGCAUUUCAUGACCCAAACACGACCUACCGUUGACGCCCAAACGCCCUCCCCAUCCAUCCCUCGUCCAAUCUCUCUGCGAUUUCUCUUUCUUUCGAUUAUUAUAUUAUUAUUUAUUUUUCUUUACUACUUCUCUCUAUUGCUUAAUUCAAUCACAUCCCGUACUUAUAUUUUAUUUAUUUUUUGGUGUUUGAUCUCAAUUUUUUUUCCUUUUCUGCUAAUUUCCUCUCUUCGUUUCCUGAUCUCUUCAAUCGCGUUUUAAGUUGCGGUUGUUCGAUUGAAGGACGUUAAUGUAAUGAUGAAUAACGGAGCUAUUGCGCAGACUUUGUCCCCUAUGGACCCAAAUUCGAUUGAGGGUCAAUAUGCUGUUGACAAAGGCCAACCACAAUCAGCUUCAUAUGUUCCUUCGACAACUGGGUCUGAAGCUACUUCAUGGAUCAUGCAUAGGGUAGAUAAUAGCUCCUCAGAGUCCACUUAUCACCAUGAUCAUCAGACAGAACCACCCUCAAGAAAUGUUCCACAUGGUCUGAAUGGGACAUCUCUUGCCAGUUCAUCAACUUUGGGGACAGCAAGUGCCUCACAGGACUAUGGUGGCUAUGCAUCAUACACAAAUCCUACAGAUCCAUAUGGUUAUGCAAACACAGGAUACCCAGGUUACUAUAAUGGCUAUCAACAGCAACCCAACCAUUCAUACUCUCAGCAGCAACCCAACCAUGUUUACUCUCAGCAUCAACCUAACCAUGCUUACUCUCAGCAGCAACCUAAUCAUGUAUACUCUCAGCAGCAACCUAACCAUGCAUACUCUCAGCCUCUAGGAUCAUAUCAAAACACAGGUGCUCCUUAUCAGCCCCUUUCCUCAUUUCAGAAUACAGGGUCUUAUGCUGGGAUUCCAAGUUAUCCAGCUACUUAUUACAAUCCUGGUGAUUAUCAGACAGCUGGAGCUUACCCAAGUAGCGGAUACAGUAAUCACACUACUACGUGGAGUGAUGGCAAUUAUGCAAACUAUACAACUCACCAGUACUCAAGCUACACUGCGGACACAACAGGUGCAUAUAACUCCGGUACUACAGCUGCAACUUCAGUACAUUACCAACAACAAUACAAGCAAUGGGCAGAUUAUUACAAUCAAACAGAAGUUACUUGUGCUCCUGGGACAGAACAUUUGUCUGUUGCUAGUACAUCUAAUCAGGUGAAUUCAGUUCCAGGUGUUACUGCUGGGUACCCAAACUCCAGCAGUCAGCAUCCCUCCUCUUUUACCCCAUCCUGGAGGCCAGAAUCCACUUCAUCUGACUUGCCACCUUUGCAGGGUGCUCCAUCUACUAGUGGUGCUUAUGAUAGCUGCUGGAAGCAAGGGGUGGAAAGUUCUCAAAAUUAUCAUGCUAGUCCUAUGCAACCACAUUUUCAAACAUCUUUGGAUUCAAAAACUUCUUAUGAUAAUUUUCAGGAACAACAAAAGACUGUUGAAGAAGGUCCUGAUUCACAAUAUGCUCCUUCUCACCAGGUGCCCCAGAAUUAUCAAACUCCUGCACAGACAGUUUCAACACUAGAUACACAAAGGGUAAGCAAAUUGCAGAUUCCAACAAAUCCUAGAAUUGCUACAAAUUUGGCUUCGAGUUCAUCAAAAACCAAUAAGGAUGGCUCUACAACUGGUGCAGCAGCAAAACCUGCUUAUAUUGCUGUCUCAAUGCCAAAGGCAAAUGACAAAGUGUUCUCUAAUGUUGCGGCCGAUUCCAUACUGAAGCCUGGCGUAUUCCCCAGUUCACUACGUUUUUAUGUUGAGAGGGCUUUGAAACGUUGUCAAGAUCACUGCAAAAAUGAUCCACAAUUGGCGGCUUGUCAGGCUGUUUUGAAGGAGGUUAUUACUAAGGCAACUGCUGAUGGUACGCUUCACACUCGGAACUGGGACACUGAGCCUCUUUUUCCAUUACCAAACCCUGAUUUUGCCAACAAGGAGAACUCACAGUCUUCAACUCCUGUUGCAUCAUUGCCGAAGUACAGGAGUCCAAGCAAACGGUCUAAAAGUCGGUGGGAGCCUCUUCCUGAGGAGAAGUUGGUUGAAACGCCUGUUUCUGUCAGUAAUAAUAGUGUAAAAUUUGGUGGUUGGGAUAGAAAGCCUUUAAUUGGGAAUUCUGAGAGCAAGGUUGAUGCUUUAAGUGACCUCAAGUUCUCUCUAUCAGAGCAGAAAACUCUGAGUAAGAGUGCCCAGAGGCCACUUAAGAAACAGCGUAUUGCUGAUGCCUUUAAUAGUGCUGAAAAUGGUGAUGCAUCAAGUGAUAGUGAUAAGGAACAAAGUUUAACGGCUUAUUAUUCUGGUGCAAUAGCACUUGCAAAUUCACCAGAGGAGAAAAAGAAACGUGAAAAUCGCUCUAAGCGUUUUGAAAAAGUACAAGGACAUCGAUCAGAAAUUAAUUAUUUCAAGCCAAAAAAUGCUGCAGCUGGAAACCUGUACACUAAACGGGCUAGUGCCUUGAUGCUUAGCAAAAACUUCGAUGAUGAUGGGAGCAGGGCUGUUGAAGACAUUGACUGGGAUGCCCUAACUGUUAAAGGGACCUGUCAGGAGAUUGAGAAACGUUAUUUGCGACUCACUUCUGCACCUGAUCCUUCUACUGUGAGACCAGAAGAAGUGCUUGAGAAAGCUCUGCUUAUGGUUCAAAAUUCUCAGAAGAACUACCUUUAUAAAUGUGAUCAGUUGAAGUCUAUUCGCCAAGAUCUAACUGUACAACGUAUACAGAAUCAGCUAACAGUUAAGGUGUAUGAAACUCAUGCUCGGCUAGCAAUGGAGGUAGGGGACUUGUCAGAGUAUAAUCAGUGCCAAUCACAGUUAAAAAUCCUGUAUGAUGAAGGAAUUGAAGGAUGCUACAUGGAGUUUGCAGCUUACAACUUACUUUGCGUUAUCUUGCACUCUAAUAACAACAGGGAUCUUGUAUCGUCAAUGUCAAGAUUACCAAAGGAAGCAAAGAAGGAUAAAGCUGUUAAACAUGCUCUUGCAGUUCGUGCAGCUGUGACAUCUGGAAACUAUGUGAUGUUCUUCAGACUAUACAAGACAGCUCCUAAUAUGAACACAUGCCUUAUGGAUCUUUAUGUUGAAAAGAUGCGCUAUAAGGCUGUAAGCUGCAUAUCCCGGUCAUAUCGCCCUACAGUACCUGUUUCAUACAUUGCACAGGUAGUGGGCUUUUCCAGCACAAGUGAAGGAAGUGACCAGGACCCUGUUGGAGUAGAGGAAUGUGUAGAGUGGUUGAAAGCACAUGGUGCAUGUCUCACUGCAGAUAGUAAUGGAGAGAUGCAGCUUGAUACAAAGGCUUCAUCUUCUAGUCUUUAUAUUCCAGAACCUGAGGAUGCUGUGUCCCAUGGAGAUGCUAGUCUGGCUGUUAAUGAUUUUCUUACACGGACAUCCUUGUAGUCUAAUGUAUAAUCAUUGUAUCUAACUGUAGUUUGAUUUAAUUUAGCAAGAAAAUUCUGGAAAUUGCGCAGCCCUCUACUUGUGUGUACAACCAGAAGAUUAGGCUUCUCUCCUGACAGAGAAGUGAGAGUUCACGACUGCCAGGAUGCUCUGUAACAUCGGAGGAAGUAAGAUCACAGAUGUUGAAAUAGAGCAUAGGUUCCCCCAAGAGACCUACUUAUUUUUGGUCAAUAGAUAUUUGGGUGGAGGAUAGGGGAAUCGAACUCGUGUUACCAUGGGAUUUCCAAACACAUCUUGUCAAUCCAUGUACAUGUAGUGGGUUUUAGGCGGAUUCUAUGACCACCAUAACCACAUGAUUUAGAUUAUUCCUGUCUUUGUCUUGGAGAUGCUUCAUUCAUUCGUUGGGGAAGAUGGAAGUUGUUGAAUAUCAAACGAGAGGAAGAUAAGGUUCAAUAGCUUUGGUGUAUUUUUAUUAAUAUAAUUUGAUGAUCUAUUUCAGCAUUGUUUCGGAAUCAUUUGCCUUUUCUUGUAAGUAUGAUUUAUAAAAAAGUUAUAAAUAGUUUGAUUUAUUGUUAA